AUGUCGCUAAACCCAAUCAGGGCGGCGCUGCCGGUCGCUCCUGCCUCCCCGCGCAGACAACCGCAGGUAGAAGCAGACGUCGCUCACAGUCGGCCAGCAUCUCAGGCCACGAAUAAUAAGAGCUCUGAGCCAGAGCACGAGUCUGGGAAGCGGGACCUUUGGGAGGUGGCAGAGAAGCGACUGGACGAAGAGACGAAGAAAUGGCUGCAGGUCGAGCAGGCCCAGCCGAUCCAGGACGUCCUGGCGGGGAUCGGCAACGAAAUCAAGGCGAAAUACGAAGCCUACAAGAAAGGCGAUCUCAGUGUUCGCAAGAGAGAUGGAGGAAGCAUUGACAUGCGUGGUUCGGCAAAGAAAAUCCUGGUCUUCACCCUACAGGCUUCAGAUCUGCUCGGGGGCAUCGCCGCGUCGGACCCGACCGGCCAUGCGUCUGCUGCGUGGGCAGUGGUUUCCUUUGGACUUACGCUGGUCAAAAACAACAUCAAACGCCGGGAUUCAAUAAUGGAAGCAUCCGAGUUUCUGGCCGAGACGCUGGCCUACCAGGCGAUUGUCGAUCGCAACUAUCGGUCGGAGGCUACACAGAGCAAGGAGGGACUGGAGGAUGCUCUGAUCGAUGUCUAUGUUGCCAUCCUGCGAUACACGGCCGAGGUACAUAAAGCCUCCAAGGAGACAAGGGGCGCACGAAUAGGAAACAGUAUCAUGGCGCUGGUUGAGACGCCAUUACAGGACCUCAAGGCGGUUGUCAAACACAAAAUCGAGACGGUUGAUAGAUGGAAAACCCUUAGUCAGGAUGAAGGCCUACUACAAAAAGCCGACGAAACCCUGAAUGCCAUUGACGGGAUGGUAGCAAAGAUGCAGGAAAUCAACUCGCGCACACGGAACGAAGAAGAUCUCCAUAUUCUGGAUUGGCUGUCAACGAUACCUUAUUCCACAAUCCAGAACUAUGCGCAGAAACACCGUUCGGCUGAUACGGGAGGCUGGCUGCUCAAGACAGAAGAAUAUAUCGGCUGGAAGACUACUUCUGGAAGCAUUCUUUGGUUGCAUGGCGCCGUUGGCUGCGGUAAAUCCUUUCUUUGCUCUACCGUCAUUCGCGAUGUCGAUCAGCAUUGCCAAGACAACCCAUCCGAUGUCUUUGCCUAUUGGUACUUUCAAUUCAGUUACGAGGAGACUCGAAGCGUCGAAAACAUGGUCAGAUGUCUCAUACGGCAGCUUUGUCCCAAUCCACUCCCACAUUCCAUUAAAAAUAUCUGGGAAGGUCAUCGUGCAAACAGAGAGCCAGAGUACAGUCAGCUGAUAAAAAUCUUGGAUGGCAUCGUCGGCCAUCUUCCAGGCAAGGUAUAUAUUGUGUUUGACGCUUUGGAUGAGUGUCCCUCUGAGCCUGGGCGAAAAGAGAGACAGUUGUUGUUGUCCUUUUUGAAAACCUUGGUGGAACAGCACUCUGACAAGCUUCACCUUCUCGCCACGAGCAGGCCUGAACCGGAUAUUCGGCAAAGCCUGGAGAAACAUAAGUCGCUCAAUCUGGAAGAUGGUCUUGAACGAGAUGUUGAGACUUUUGUUCGCGCCGAACUCAAAUGUGGAAGUCUGAGCAAAUGGGAGGCAAUCGAUGCCUCUAUUCACACCAAGAUCGAGGAAAGGCUUCUAGGCAUUCCAGAGCGACAAUUUCGAUGGGCUGAUCUUCAAAUCAAGAGACUGGAAGGCUGCCACAUACCAGAGGACAUAUAUCAAGCUCUGGAGUCCAUUCCCACAUCUUUGGAGGACUCUUAUCGAGAAAUCUUCAACAAAAUCGACACCAAAUACCGGUCAAGAGCACAGAGUAUCUUGACUUGGCUGAGUUUCUCCCUGCGGCCCACGACAGCAAAAAUCCUCUUAGCCGUUUCCUCCCUUCCACUCGCCGAAAGCAUCAUUCAGAUCUGUACAACGGCCUUGGUCACGAUCGACACAGACAAUAUCAUCCGCCUAGCGCAUUUUUCUGUCAAGGAGUUCUUGAUCUCAGAGGCCGCUUUGAACAAAACUGGCUGGUGCCAUAUUUCAAAGAAACUCGCACACCGGGCCAUCUUGGACCGUUUGCUUUCCGAACUGCAUGCCCAAAGCGACCACAACCUUACCGAGUCCGACAGCCGGAAGAAGCCACUAUUGGUCUACGCAGCCACCUUUUGGGAUGCACAUAUGAAAGAACUUGGCUACUACACUAACCUCCCACCUCCUGACCUACAAGAAGGGAUUAAUCAUCUUUUUUUCAAUCAAAAAUGCUAUUUGAACUGGAUACGACUUCGGGAUGGAGGUGAGAACCGCAAUGUGUGGUAUAUGGCUGCACAGGAGUGUGUGACACCUAUCCACCGAGCAUCUCAAAUGGGCCUCAUAUGGAUGGUCCAAAGCCUAUUGCGGAGUGGCGCUGACCCUAUGCACUAUUUCUAUGUUGAUUUCUAUGAGGCUUUUGAAAAUGCAACGAUUUCUGCCGCAAAGAACGGUCAUCUCUCAAUUCUGGAAAUUCUCCUCGACAUCCCGGUGAGUUUGUCAAGGAGAGACACACUCGCCAUCAUUCAAGAAAUUCAAAGUCAUCGGGAAGGAAGAGCAAAGCUUGAAGCCAUUAUUGAAAAGCUUUGGGUGAAAGGUUUUCUCAGUAUCGAAUCAUGUGAUAAUGAUCAUGAUAUUGCCGAUGAUAUCCUUCUCAAGGCAGCAGGGAAUGUCGAAUGUGGUGAGAUAUUGAUGGAAAUACUUCUCAACAAAAGAAAGACAAGUCUCAAACACAUCUUCAAGAGUCUUGUGAAAGAAGCUUUCUGGCAGCGGCAUCCCCAAGGUACCUUACAGAUGCUUUUUACGCGACAAGACUGUGAGCUGGCAUUUUCAAGUGAUUUGAUUACGACCCUAUCAAAAUAUUCACGUCGUGAACUUGAUAUUGCAACGUUAUCCUUUGUGGAGAGGUUUGCAGAAGACAUCGGCAGAGAGCCGUUUUUUUUGGAAGUUUUUGCGAAAUCCGCCAGCCUUGAAGUGAUGCAAGCCCUCCUCCAAGUCUAUGGAGAGGGUCUUGUUGUAACAGAUGGAAUGCUGAGUGCAGCCGCACGAACUAAUAGAGAUGUACGCGUAUUAAGCCUACUACUAGAGACUCGAGGAGAACAAAUCACGAUCAGCAAUCAGCUCCUCUCCAAUGCGGCUAGGAAUUUGGAAUUCGGUCUUGAGACAAUGAAAGCCCUGCUUGAUCGGUGUGGACCGGACCGCCUUAUGGAUGAAGAGAUCAUGUUGGCAGCAGUCUCCAACCCCCUCAGUGGAUUGAGUAUUCUCAAAGAGCUUUUGAAUCGACAGCAGGCAGGAUUUGUUGUUUCAGAAUCAGUGCUCAUCAGUGCCGCUGGGCGGGCUGACCUGGAAACAAUGCAACUGUUGAUGGCCAACAGUGAUUCCAGCAUUACGGUCACUGAAAGCAUCUCGUGUGCUGCAGCGAAAAACAUCAGAUGGACAAUGCUGGAGUAUAUCCUGGGCAUUCUGGGACCAGAUUUCCCGGUCACUGAAGAGAUCCUGGUGCACGCGGCAAGAAACUGGCGAGUUGAUCCAAGAAGGAUAACGAUGCUUCUCAGCCGAUUUCAGAAUACCAUGGUGCCCGAUACUGUCUUCACUGCGGCACAUUACGAUGCCCCUGUUCUGGAGAUCCUUCUGAACUAUAACCAGAAUAGGGCGCCUGUCCAAAACAUUCUUGUGAAGGUAGGAAGCGAAGCCUGGUCCAAUGCGAGCGUGGUCUCACUUCUCCUGGACCGCAACCUCGUUUCGAUUGACGAACGCCUUGUGGAAACACUCGCUGGAAACAGCAAGGCUGUGCAGAUCCUGCUUGACCGCAACCCGAUGCUCCCUUUAACUGAGAAGGCAUUGAUGGCAGCUGCGAGUGAUAUCGAUUCUAUGCGUAUGUUGAUUACCAUGAAGAAUAACAACGUCGAGAUUACAGAGGCAAUAGUCGAACGUGCGCUCGCCUCCCCGUCCAGUUAUGGAGUCUUGGAGAUGCUUCUCACUCGACUCGGAUCUAAAGUGCCCAUUACUGAGGGUCUACUUAUAGAGGCGGCUGACCGUCCGCGUUUGAGGGAAUUCCGUCUACUCUUAGGGCAACGUCGCCCUCUUGAUCUGCAGGCAGUUUGGGAGGGUUUCUGGCAAAGGGAGAUCGAACACGUCGAGGAGGCAUCAGAUGUUUUACUCGAAUUCACGAAUCUCAAAAUCACCGACGGUUUGUUGGAAACUAUUGCUGGCAAGCAAAUGCACGAUUACCCGGAGAAACUGUUCUUAUAUGCUGCAAAACACCACAUCCCGAUAUCUUCCCAGGGAAGAGCGACGCUCAAACCAGAAACAAUCCUGGCGGUAUUCGACAAGAUCCCGAACUUCCCCGUCACUGAGGAAAUGAACAACACAGUCAAGGAGAAUCCGGAUCUCGAUGCGCGGCUGGAAGGGAGAGGCUCUACGGGGUAUUCGACGGCUUGA